GCUAGGAACAGUCAUUUGACAGUAGCUUCUGGCGGAGCGCUGUUAAACAAUCUGUCAGUAAUUCCCGUUCAACUACGAUCUUCCGGGACCUUCUACAAGGCGGAAUUGGGAAGAAAAGUAAUAAACAUGCAGAUAUUCAUCGCGCUUAGCGCGAUUCUAGCUGUAUCUACAGCUAGAGUGGUGAUUAAUGCAGAGGAACCAACUAGUCUUCAUCUUUUGGGUGAAGAAGAAUGCACAUGGGGUCCAUCAUAUUGGUGUGAAAACAUUAAAACUGCAGCAGGAUGUAAUGCAACUAAACACUGCAUUAAAACAAUAUGGACAGGCAUGAAUGUACCAGAGGAUAAUGACAAUGUUUGUAGCGUUUGCAAAGACAUGGUUCAACAGGCCCGUGAUCAGCUACAAAGCAAUCAAACUCAGGAAGAUUUGAAAGCUGUGUUUGAAGGGAGCUGCCGAUUAAUUCAUGUUAAACCAAUUGUAAAGGAAUGCAUAUCGAUUGUCGAUGAAUUUAUUCCGGACUUGGUUGAAACAUUGGCAUCACAAAUGAAUCCAUCUGUUGUAUGUUCAGUAGCUGGACUUUGUAAUUCUGCUCAUAUUGACAAAUUGUUAAAGGAAUAUGAGCAAUCUACAAGUAAGAUUGCCAAUGUAAGGUUCCAUUCAUUGGAAAAAGACGAGAUUGAACCUGCUGAAUGCACAAAAUGCCACACAGUUGCAGCACAUAUGGAAUAUAAAUUAAAUAAUACACCACGUGACCAAGUGUUACAACAAAUGCUCAAUUUGUGUACCGACCUCAGCAGUUACACAGAUGCUUGUUCAGCAAUUAUUUUGACCUAUUUUGAUACUAUGUAUGCUCAUUUACAAGAGAACUUCAAUGCUCAGAACAUCUGCCACUUAUCCGGUCAAUGUACUGCACAGUUCCACAAACAUGAAGACACAGAUAAGACCCCAAAUGUAGAAAUUAGACCAUUGUCAAGUGUUGGUAUGGUCGAUGUAAGCGAUGAUCUUCCAUGCAAAUUGUGCGAACAACUUGUUGGACAUUUAAGAGAUCUACUAGUAGCUAAUACAACAGAAGUAGAAUUCCGCCAAGUGUUGGAUGGAUUUUGUAGACAAACAAAAUCAUUUUCGAGUGAAUGUAUUGCUAUUGUCGAUGAAUAUUACCCGCAAAUUUAUGAAUAUCUCACGAAAGGUCUGAACAGUAUUGCUGUUUGUCAAAUGUCUGGAAUAUGUCCUGCUCCUGGAAAAUCACUGGAGAGUGAACCAGUUUGGCCUUUGUUACCUCUGAAUCUAGCAGAAAUAAGUGCACAGACAUUCCAGGAAUCGAAGAAGAAUAAGGAAACUGAAAAGUCUGAAGAAUUACGUGAAUCCGAAAUCGAAGCAAUGCAAUUGCCUAUUGACAGAAUGUUACCUUUUCCCUUGUCAGAGGCUCCGGUGGGUGGAAAAGUAUCAUGUGCACUUUGCGAAUAUGUAUUGCAUUAUAUUCAAGAUGCUCUAACAAAUCCUACUACAGAUGACCAAGUGAAAGAAGUAAUCGAAAAAGUAUGUAAAAAAUUACCAGGAUCUAUAAAAGGUGAAUGUACAGAAUUCGUAGAUACUUACGGAGACGCUAUUGUUGCCAUAUUAGCUCAAGAAGUUGAUCCAUCUCAAGUGUGCCCAAUGCUGCAUCUGUGUCCUUCUGAAAAGUUCAUAGAAUUUUGGGAAAGUGUUCCAGCGGAAUAUGUGCUUCAACAACAAAAGAAUAAGCCUAGUUGUCCAUUGUGUUUACUGGCUGUAUCACAGGUGUAUAAUGUUAUUAAAAACGACAAGACACAGGCUAACAUAGAAGCUGCAUUAGAUAAACUGUGUGUUCACUUACCUCACAGUCUGACCCAAGAAUGUAUGGACUUAGUGCAGGGUUACAGUAAAGAACUUGUAGAACUGAUAAUUGCGGAUUUGACACCUCAAGAAGUAUGCGUUUUUAUUAAAUUGUGUGAUCCUACUAAAAACUCUGGACCGAAAGAAGUUUUCGUUACGGAUAAAAAUGGCGAAAUCUUGACUAAUGAAAUACCAGACGUAGUUUCAUUCGACGAUGAUAUGUCGAUUGAGAAUCAAAAGAGCACUACUUGUAUUGUAUGCGAAUUUGCUAUGCGCCAUGUCGAUAAAGCCCUUGGUAACGAUAAAUCAAAGCAAAAAGUUGAAAAAGUAGUCCAUGAUGUGUGCAAACAUCUUCCAAAAACUAUUUCUCGGGAAUGUAAUAAAUUCGUUGAGAAAUUUGCUGGUACUAUAAUAGAUAUUGUUACAAAAGAUAUCAGUCCUCAUCAAGUUUGUACUUUCGUGGGACUUUGCACAUUAUAUGCAGAAGAGGAGUUUGCUGCCUCGGUAACAAAAUGUGCUGUGUGCAAAGGAGCCAUAUCGGUGAUCAACGAGCUUUUGGGAAACGAUAAGGUUGACAAUAGUAUUAAAAAUGCAGUAGCCAAAGCAUGUAAAUAUUUACCAGCCAGUAAACAAAGCACGUGCACUGAUAUGAUUAAUAUUUAUGGCCAAAGUAUAAUAAAUCUUAUACAACAAAAUACUAAAAAAAAUAAAAUAUGCAGUAAAAUAGGUCUUUGCGCAGCAUCGGAUUAUUCAAUGGUAUCUAUGGAAAGCUCACGAAUCAAGCGUUCGUAUGAGAAAAAUCGUAUAAAGCAGUGCACAUGGGGACCUGCUUAUUGGUGUUCCAGUAACGAAACUGCCCACGAAUGUAAAGCUGUUGAACAUUGCAAAGAACAUGUAUGGAAAGCAGAUUUUGCUCCCCUUAAACAAGCGACUUUGAGUGAGACAGAACCUAAUGAUGCUUUGUAAUAAAAUAAUAAAUUGAACUACUCCUCCUUAA